CGGAAAAAAAGGAAGUUCCAGCUUGCAAAAACCAAGGAUAAAGGCUUUCUUCGCGAAACAAAAGAGGAGUGACAGUCGAUCUGCGUGAUUUUUCUACCGCACACUCACCAAAAACCACCUUUUUGCGCUUUGAAAAAAAAAAAAGUUCCAUUGCAACGGCAGUGCUUUGCCAAGAGCCUUUGCACUAAACGUGUCAGUUGGCAAAGUUUAUACGUGCCCCACGACUAAUUGAUUAGAGUGCUGGAUCUGUAAUGUGAAGCACAUGGCGUGAUUCCAAAACAGCGGACUCUUUGUCAACAACUAUGAAACGGAUGACGGUCAACUGCCACCCACACGAUUGCAUACUCCGCUUCCAUCAGUUGAAAGCUUAGCAGGAAGUGAACGACAAGAUUAAUGGGAAAGUUGUUCACAUCCAUUUUUUUUUUUAAUACUUUCUUUUAUUGGCCCUUUUGUUAGAUUGAGUGUACCGUCCGUGGUCCGUGCCCACAAUGUGAGUCCACUGCCGCGUUGAAGAUAAGUUAUUCAAUUUACGACAUCGAUGGAAGUCUUGAAGUUUGGAAUUUCAAAGGAAAUUAUUUAGAUCCCAGCGCCUACUUUUUAAAAACAAACAAGCUACCAUGAAUAAUAAUAUUUACGGAUGCUGACGCCAAAUGGACCGUGGAUUUUAGAAACAAAGACAAAGGCGAUCGAUAACCUUAUUACUGCGACAGGAUUUUUAUCGGUCGGCAUAUCCGGUCCAGCGUAGGAAAAGGCCAUUGACUGUUUUUUUAUUUUACACUGACUUUUUCAUUCGCAUCGUGACAGGUUUACCACACGUGGAGGGGACCAGGAAAAUGGUAAGAUAACAAACGCUUGUUCUGUUUUUUUCCUUCUACCGUUUAGCCGACCUCGAGAAAUUUCCUCUUAUCAGUCGCGAGAUCAAAUCGAUCGUGCUUUCCGCAAAGAACGAAUAUUAUUAUUUUUUCAUAAUACCAGUUACUCGUUUUUACUUUUUUUGCAUCCCAAUAUUCCAUUUCCUGAUGUUUGCAGAACUCAUAUUUCUCUUCCAGCCUUCGCCUCUAUAACGGAUCAUCUGCGCAAGUCAGAGCUUCCAAGUUCUCUAGACUUACAAGACCUGCAAUAAAGUCACCAUUGGACAGAAUUUCUACGCCAGUAAGCCCUACUCCCUGGCACGAUCUUUCUCACGUUUUUCCGCCAACGGUUUCGGGACUAACGACGAAAUGGAUUUAGGGCAAUGGCAUUUCCUGCUAUUUAUCCUCGUCGUUGCCGGUUGCAUCUACUCGUUACCGGUUUCACCUUCGAUUAUUCAGCCAGAUCUUUCAUCCAAUGGAAAGGACCAAAUCGAAUUCCAGGAGUUCAACAACUCUUCUUCCCUAGGUGCCCACAACGGUGGGUUGAAUCUGACGGUUUCGGUUGUGUUAUCUGCCAGAGAUCCGUCUGAAUUUUCCUCCCUUCCAUCAGAUCCGGUGGCAAACAAACGUCUCAAACUAGUGAUACGAUGGCUUCAUCCGACAACCGGAGAACCACCCGAGGGAUACAAUGUGGAGGUAAGGCCAUUGAUUCCAUCUACUCGUUCGACGGGCGACACGUCGUCGUGCACCGAACACUUUACGGAUUUCUUUCAUCACGUAGAGUACAGCGAAACGCCAUCCAUCGAAAUCGGAAGUGGGACGAAGAAAGGAGAUCAUCUGGUCCAGUUUGGAUGCUCUUACGCCGUCAGUGUCCAAGCAUCACCCAUAAUUCCUCCUGAUCGCCCACUCUUUGUCAACAUUACCGUCCCAGAUUGCGUGGAGGGAGUCUGUCGGUGCAGUUCACGUCCGCGUUUGCCGAAACCGGAAGAAUUGGCCACACACGAGAUCACCACGGCUUCCGGACUCGAUGACGAACGUAGCUAUCUUGUUUCAUGGUCGUAUCUAGCCUCAUUGCGGGAUGCCACUGACACCACUUUGGUUGCACGAGUGGAACGAGCGGAAAAUGUCCUUGGCCUCGGACCUGUUUUCCGGAAAGUCAGAGAAUACAGGCACAAUGUUGUACCGGGUCUCAACCUUUUCCAGCAGCCGAUUCAUCAUUUAGAGAUGCAUUCCAAUUACCGUAUCCGUAUCGUCGCCUACGACUCGCACCACUGCGAGGGCCACAUAGCUGAAGUUUACGUGAACAGAGAUGUGAAGUUAGAAAAAGAUCCUAGCUUGCACAAGGAAACUAUGGUGAGCGCAGCCGUCCUCGGCAUUAUUUUCUUGGCCGUCACAGCUCUCGUUAUUGCACUCAGUUGGAGACGCUUUCUUCGACGAUUACACCUUAUGGCGGCGACUGCUGCAGCAGGCAAUCACACCCCGGCGCGUUACUCUCGCUCUCCUCAAAAUUUUCACAGGGACAGCCGACGCACGACUUUGCUAACUAAUGGCUCCAGUAGUACCUGCCAACAUUUGAUGAACGUCCUGCACGCGGAUAGAGAGUCGGAAGAACCACGUCAUCAUUUACUUGGAAAUAACAAAAUCGUAGAUGACUAUGAAAUUGAUCCUAGCCAAGUGAAGCUAGGGGUAGAAAUCGGAAAAGGAGCGUUUGGUCGCGUUCACCUGGCAACAGUCGAAAACCUACCCGGCCUUCCUGGUCCGACUCUUGUUGCCGUCAAGCAAAUGAAAAAGAAAGUUGGUUUGGAUGAAAGGGACGAUUUUCUGGCUGAAAUUGCUAUGAUGAAACGCGUGGGUAGACACGAAAACAUUGUCGUUAUGCUGGCAUGUGUUACCCUUACCCAGCCGUAUUCGAUGGUCCUAGAAUACGUUCCAUACGGGGAUUUGCUCCAUUAUCUAAGAACUUUGAGAACAGUUUAUCACCAAUCAAAAGUGUGGUCGGUUGACAAUAAAGUCCAACAUCAUCCGGAUACCGUAUCGGCCAGCAUAGGAGGAUCAAGUUCAUCGGUGGCCUUGCUACCGAGAAAGUCAGCUACGCACAGCACAUCAGACAGUUCAAAAUCCUAUCAUCUGAAUCACAUUUUCACUUCGAUGAGCUCGCAAUCAACUGGUUCAUCGCACUCGUCUUCGUCUUAUGUUAUACCGAACUAUUAUCGGGGCUUGUUGAAAGCGUUCCCAACGAGCAGAACAAUAGACACUGAGGAAUUACAUGAUUUCGCCCGGCAAAUUGCACGGGGCAUGGAACAUUUGGAGUUGAAGGGAAUUACGCAUCGAGAUCUAGCUGCUCGCAAUUUGUUGGUCAGUGAAGGCCGUGUGCUGAAAAUUUCUGAUUUUGGACUAUCACGCCACGGUGUAUACGUAAACACGCGGAAAAGAAUGCUUCCACUUCGCUGGCUAGCUCUUGAAUCCAUGACGGAUAAUUUGUAUUCUUCGUUGAGCGACGUCUGGGCCUUCGGCGUGGUACUGUGGGAAAUUUGCACGCUAGGUGGAUUCCCUUAUGCCAAUAUCUCCGAUGCACAACUGAUGACGUAUCUGCUGUCUGGCAAUCGGUUAAUGAGGCCAGAUAAUGUCUCCGAAAAACUUUACGAAGUGAUGCUGAAAUGUUGGAGCGCAAAUCCUGAUGACCGUCCCACAUUCCGUGAGCUCCGUUGCUCGCUGGAAGACUUUGAAGCCCAUCAUGAAAAUUACGUGGAUUUUAGUUGCUCGUCCAGCUCGCAGGCUCACGCCCUUCCACCCACUGAGGAAGAAAUUACAAUAAUUUAAAACGUUUACCGUUAGAAAAUUAGACUUUCUUGAAUGAAGCGUUCGAGUUUUGAUCCAUCCGAAUACUGAGGGAUGAGGCUUAUUGACGUAAUCGUCUUGGCCUCAUGGUUUUACGGUUUAAAGAUCAUCGAGAAUGGUAUGGGAAUCGGUUAGUAUGGUCUCACAUAAUGAAUUUUAGUCACAUUCUCCACCAGUUGUGUCAGUAUGCAAGACAAUCAUGUUUUUUGAGAUUUUGACAACUGGUUUGUCCGAUCUCUUACAUAAAAUUUUAUUCAUCAAAGUGCUCUCAAUUGUGUCUGAAUAUUAAACUCUCUACGACUAGGACAAACUGUCUAGAGUUUUGAAAUAAAUAAAAAAAUUUGAAAAGUU